GCAGUGGCCGUGUGUCAUGUCCACCGACCAUCCUCCCUCCAAACCCUCAUCCUCGCCGCUCAGUCGGAAUCGCAACUCCUUCCUGUCCAAGUUUCGCUCCCCCUCGGCCAACGGAAUCGCAAUAUCACCGAUUUCUACAUUGAUCCCGACGACCCAUGGCGCUCCUACUUCCCCGGUGAUGUCAUCAAGGGCACCGUCGUCGUGGUCGCCGUGCGACCGGUGCGCAUCACCCACGUCGUCGUCUGUCUCCAUGGCUGUGUGAAGGUGUUCAAGAAUGCGACGCCGGCUGGGGAGGCCACCCCCGACCUGGGGUUCCUGGGGCCCGGGCGUGGCCGACGAGGCGCUGAAUAUAUGGGAAAUGGGCUGGCAACGUUAUUCGAGGACGAAGUCGUUCUGUGCGGCGAUGGCCGUCUCAAGGAAGGCAAAUAUAUGUUCCGCUUUGAGAUGUCGCUUCCCCCAUACCCACUUCCCAGCAGUAUAAAUUUUGAACGAGGCACGAUUUCCUAUACACUUACAUCUACACUAACCCGACCGACCACCAUGAACCCUACUCUUACUUGCCGAAAACGAAUUAAUUUACUUGAAGAUAUCGAUAUUGCACCUUUUCCUGCACCCAAAGCUCGCAUUGUCACUCUCGAACCCGUGUCCAAGCGCUCCAAAUCCAAGGCAAAAUCAAAAUCGCCGGCCUCCGAUACGACAGCGGCGCCAGAUACGUCGUCCAUCGACACCCCGGUGAAUGGCACCGUCGCUUCCGUGGAAACUCGUCCACCGCUCAGCCCAUCUCCGAGCAAUGUCAGUACAUCCAGUCGGCCAAGCAACAGCAGCCAGAGCUUUCAGAUCUCGACCGAUCCCUGCUCAUCCUCGAGCACCGGCGGACGGAAUAGUGAAGGACACGGCUCGACUCCUUCUGCGCCGGAUCGGACCAUUACAGCAAAGGCCGAAGUCUUGCGCGCGGGCGUGUUACCAGGAGAUACCUUGCCCAUCCGGGUCACGAUCAACCAUUGCAAACAAGUGCGCAGUGCGCACGGCAUCAUGAUCACUCUGUAUCGCCAGGGCCGGAUUGAUCUCCACCCGUCGAUUCCCAUUGGUCCCACUGCGUCAGGGAAGAAGCCGGUGUACGAGGACUGCUAUCCUCGUUCGCGUACAGGGCUAGGGGGGCUUACGCUGGGCACGGCUCGCACCAGCAGUGCAUUCCGUAAAGAUUUGUCACAGACAUUCGCGCCUUUGAUUGUCGACCCACAUACUAUGACUGCAGAUAUCAAAACAUCCAUUCGAGUCCCGGAGGACGCAUUUCCAACUAUUACACACGUGCCUGGAGGCAUGAUCAAUUUCCGCUACUACGUUGAAGUCGUUGUGGACUUGCGGGGAAAAUUUACCUCGCCCGAACGGUUUAUCCCGCGGUUCAACAUGGUCUCCGGCGGCAGCACAUUCUCGCCCAGCGGACAGAUUCUCAAUCCGGCCGACGUGAACGGCAGUGCCAUUACGGCCAAUUGGGCAGGGAAUAUCUUGGAUACUGAUCAAAUCCGCCGCGAGAAGGGAGUCAUCUCGGUGGCUUUUGAAGUUGUUGUCGGAACUCGCGAUUCACAGCGCGGCCAGGCCGGCGUGGAAUGCGCACCAUCCGCCGCUGCGGAUUCUACCACAGCCGCGGCACAGCAUUCCCAGUAUCCGACGUCCUCGACGGUGGCCACACCUGGAGAAGGCGAUGGGUGGUCUGUCGACCCAAGUCCGAUGCCCAAUUCCCACCACUCGGAUCCUGGGAUCCAAGAUGACUACGGAUUCCCCCAGGAAGGCCAAUGGAACGAGUACGACUAUGCAGAAGACUACACGCAACCAUUCCAGCCGAUGGACUCGGUCGUUGCGCCGCCCGAGGUUGAAGAACCAGUGGACGAGAAGACGCGAGUACGACGCCACGAGGAAGCGCUCUUGCCUAGUUCCCCUGGUGAGGCGGGACCAUCCGCUUCCCAUGAACCGAGUGCGCCUGUCCUGCCCGAGGACGAUGGUCUGCACGAUUACCAGCACCUGCCAUCUCCCGGCACAGAACGGCCGCCACACGACUCGAUGCAGACUGUCGUCAUGAACGGCAGUGCAGCUGAGCCGAGCGACCCGGCGCAGCCAGAUGACAAGCGAGAAAUGGAGCGCCAGCGACUCAUGCACGAAGCCAGCGCACCGGAUGAGGAGACCGCGGAGGGCUCAGCAAGUGUCGCGGAGCCUAGCGCCCCGACCUUUGACGAGGAUGACCAGCUGGUGGGCGGAACUGCACAGGCGGAUGAGUCGUUGCCGGUCUAUAAGCGGUGA